CCAAAUACCGUAAUUAACACUUUUCGUCCAAGUUUCCCUCUCUCUUCAGUCUCCCUUCUUCUCCCGUCUCCAUCUCUUGUUAAUUCUUUUUUCUGAAAUUCAAUUCAAUUCAUUCCAAUAAUACAUUGAAUUUUGCAGUCACGAUUCAGAAUUUCAUUACGUUUACAUGAAAACUCGUUAUUAGGUUCUCUAAUCUCUCUUAAAAUACACCUAAUUAAAGAAUUUCCAGAGAUAUAUUCAGUUUUUUCAUUCACAUUUCGGUGAAAGUUCAUUAUCAAUUACUGUAAUAUUUUAAAGAGACACCGAAAUAAAACAAUUUUCUGAUAUAGGCUCUGUUUCAGUGCAUAUACAUUAUUUUUUUCUCAAGUGAUAACUCAUUGUGAAUUAUAGAUCUCGAUUUGCGUUGUUUCAUAUACAUUCAAUAGCAGAGCCAUUUCGUAAAUGAACAUGGAUUCAAAUACAGUUGUAUUAAGCUUGCUGGUGUUUCUAACAUGCGCUCCACGGUGCAUUUACUCGGAGGAGCGCCAUUUGGUGAAGAUGAAUCUGGUUCGAAAUGCUUUAUCUCUCGGCGCCUGUAUAUUGUUUGGACGGAAGUUUGCCGGCAUACCAUCUGGACAGAGGAUUCGGCGCGGGGGCACGCAACUGGCUUUUACAGUUUGAGGGUGGAGGUUGGUGCAACGAUAUUAAAUCAUGCUUGGAUAGAGCCCAAACUCACCGAGGAUCUACCCAUUACAUGAGUAAGGUGGAAGUCUUUUCUGGCAUUUUAAGCAAUAAUGCCUCUUUAAAUCCUGAUUUUUACAAUUGGAAUCGAGUGAAGCUCAGAUAUUGUGAUGGUGCCUCAUUUGCAGGUGAUGCUAAGUUUGAUAAUGGGACGUCAUUGCUUUAUUUCAGAGGGCAAAGAAUUUGGCAAGCAAUUAUUCUUGAUCUUCUCCCUAAAGGUUUGGGCCAAGCAAAGAAGGCUUUGCUUUCGGGUUGCUCUGCUGGGGGCUUAGCUACAUUUUUGCACUGUGAUAACUUCACAAAUUAUUUGCCAAAGAAUGCAAGUGUUAAAUGUCUAAGUGAUGCCGGAUUCUUUUUGGAUGCAAGAGACAUAGGUCUAAAUCACACAAUGAGAUAUUUCUACAAGGAUCUUGUUGCUCUGCAGGGGGUGGAACAGAACCUUGACAAAAAUUGCACAACUUCUAAUCCAUAUCCUGCACAAUGCUUCUUCCCACAGUAUGCAUUGCCAUACAUUAGAACGCCGUUUUUCAUAUUGAACUCUGCCUAUGAUGUUUUCCAAUUUCAUCAUGCAUUGGUGCCUCCUGCUGCUGAUCCUCAUGGACACUGGUAUCACUGCAAGCUUAAUCCAGCAGCUUGUAAUGCAAUCCAGAUAUAUACUUUGCAAGGAUUCAGGAAAUAUAUGCUUGAAACGUUGAGAUUUUUCUUGAACAGCUCAAGAAGAGGAGGAAUGUUCAUAAAUUCUUGUUUUGCUCAUUGCCAAAGUGAGUUGCAAGACACGUGGUUUGCACCCGACUCUCCAAGAGUAAACAAUAAGACCAUUGCACAAGCUGUUGGCGAUUGGUACUUCGGGAGAAACAUAAGCAAAGAGAUUGACUGUGCAUAUCCUUGUGAUAAUACUUGUCAUAACCUAAUUGGUUGACGCAUUUAUUCAGGUCACUAGAUUAUUUUUGGAGUUACGGCAGUACGAUAAGUAGGUUUCUACCAGAUUUUCCAUUCUCUUCAAGAAUACCAAAUAUACCAGAAAUCAUACUCUUCUGCACACACUUAUACAUAAUACUGCAAUUACAAUGUAUACAUAAAGACCAAUUUGGCAACACAUUUCCUUAGUUUGUACUUAACCUUAUGUAUUUGAAAUUUUAUAACCAAUUCAUUAAUAUUUCUCUUA